AUGAAUAAUACAUCAGCAGGUAGUGUUUUUAAACUUGUUCCUAGAGAUUAAGGAUAAUCCAUACCUGUUGGCCCAUUGGAAAUCUACCAGUCAGAAUCUCUGUGAAGGUGCUCCUUGGCUUAGUAGCCAGGUUGCAGGGCACUGCUAUAUGAAUGUCAAGGCCCUGUGUAUGAAUUUGCAAUAUUUUUCAGCAGCUAGGGGAAUAUUCCAGGUAUCGACCUCGGCUAUGGUUGUUGUUGAAGUAAAGGUGCAUAGGAUAUGAAAUUGUACCCACGUGCCUCUCUUUACCAUUGGUUCUGGGAAUAGAAAUGAUAAUGGGCUUGCAGGCUGAGUUCUAAGUAGAAAGAAGAGAGACAGGUAGAGGAGACCCGAGGACACACAGCUUAGUAAAUCAAAGAAGAAACAUCUGUGUGAAGCUGUCUGGGGGAAAGUGGUUUCAGGGAAGCUAUUUGGCUGUGCCUCACCUAUGAGCACCAGGCACCAGUUUAGGAUGAACUUAAAUGAGUUAAUGCCUCGGAGGGUGCCUUCAGUAGGUAAUGGGAGAAGUUUGGACAGGGAGCUGUCGCCCAAAUCCACGAAAGUAGACCCAAAGAAAACCUCCAGGGAAUGGUCCCCCACUCUCACAAGACAAGACUUGGACAAUGCAAAAGAAAGGCCGCCUAAACCUGGUAAACUUGACAUUGAAAAUUCAAAUUCCCCUGCAAGGAGAGAGGGUUCUGCAGCACACAGUUGUCAAAGUCUUACCCCUGGACCAGGGGCUUCAUGCACGGCCUUGAAACAUGCUGUAGCAUCCUUGAAUAGGCUAGAUGACUUCUACUGUGAGAACUUGGGCAGUGGGUUCUUCUCUGAGGUCUAUAAGGUAACACAUAAGAUGACAGGCAAAGUGAUGGUCCUGAAGAUGAACACUAGCUUCAGCAACAGACCCAAUGUACUGCGGGAAGUGCAAUUGAUGAAUAAAAUGUCACAUCCAAACAUCCUCAGGUUUAUGGGAGUUUGUGUUCAUCAAGGCCAGCUCCAUGCCCUCACAGAGUAUAUGGAUGGUGGCAGCCUGGAGCAAGUGUUGGCAAGUGAUGAGGAGCUACCCUGGUUGGUGAGGAUAAGGCUGGCCACAGAUAUUGCACAGGGUAUGAAGUAUUUACAUUCAAGAGGAGUCCUGCACAGGGACCUCACAUCAAAGAAUGUGUUAAUCAGAAGAGGAGAAGACAAGCUGACAGCUGUCAUUGGAGACUUUGGUCUAGCAGCAAAGAUUCCCGAUCCACUAAACGAAAAUGAGAAGCUGUCUAUUGUGGGUUCUCCCUACUGGAUGGCCCCAGAGUGUCUGAGAGGAGAGAGGUAUUUUGAAAAGGCUGAUGUCUUUUCCUAUGGCAUAGUGCUGUGUGAAAUGAUAGCAAGAAUACCAGCAGAUCCAGAUAUAUUACCCAGAACGCAGACUUUUGGCCUUGACUAUGUGGCCUUCAGUGAAAUGGUGGGUGACUGUCCUUUGGAUUUCUUGCAGCUAACAUUUACCUGUUGUCAGAUGGAUGUGAAGAAGAGGCCAUCAUUUCAGGAGUUGAUAGAGCCUCUGAAUGAGAUAGAAACUCAUGCCAUGAAUAUAGACCAGGAGAGAAAGGAGCAACUUUUUAUUGACACAGAUCAAAUUACUGUGGAAGAUUUCUCAGAAAAUGGAAAUUUACUUAUGCUAAGUAGUAAUCUCUCUGCCAUGAAGAGGUCUCGGUCCCAUGAGGAUCACUUAUCCACUCCAACAGAUGUAUCUGAAAUGCACAAUGUCAAGGUCAGGGGCAUGGAUCGUCUGACGAAAUCCGGCAACCUGAUGGUCCCACACAGCUGCAUUGAAAUGCCAGUCACCCCGCAAAUCAUAGGGCAGGCUAUGAUGAAAGAGGAUCCGUUCUAUACUCCAACCAAAAACAAUCCAUUUGCUUCUUACCACAAGUUUAAAGAUGGUAGAAAGUUGUUAGGUGCCCCUAGGAGGGACUUCUCCACAUCGUAUAAUGUGCAAUCCCCAGGGCCAACUAGCCCUUCAGGUAGCAGUAAUAUUAUCAGUCAAGAUGAAUAUGCAGCAUACUCUAGACUAAUAAGGCAGCAGUGGGGAAGGAAAUGUUACUCUGUCCCCAACUCGCCUACACUUGUAAGGAAAUUUUUCUUCAUUGGUGCUAAUACUCAACCCCAAACAAUCAGCUCUGAGUGUGUAGAGCCUUUGACUUGUCAGCCUUCUUCUCCAGAGAAGGAGAACUUUGGUGAAGACUUGCUGUCAGAGUUACAAGAUCAUGAUGAGUCUGGGAGUGUGGAUAGUGCACUGGGUAUUAAGACGCAAUCCCAGAAACUCUCACGGUCAUCCAAGAAAGUGUACAGGAUUCGGCAGCUAAGCAUGGACAGCAAUCUAAUACAACCAAUUCAUGCCACAAUACCCCUAGCUUCUCCUAAACUGUCCACUCCUACUACCUCAGAGGCCCUCCCAGAACUACAUAUUGUGGAGCAUGAUCGAGGGUCAAGGUCGUGCAGCUCUUCAGAGUCAUUUAUGUCAUUUGAUGAUUCGUCCACAGCUCUAUCUCCAGCCAGUUCAUUGUCCAGCUAUGGUCCAGACUUAGAUCAAGAUUUCUGGCAUUCAAGGGCCACAGCAGAGGGUCUGGAUGGGGAGACUAAGCCAAAGUCCACUCGGUCAAUUGUGGCUGAGAGGACAAAGUAUUUUCAACAGAAGUUUGAAAACAGGAAGGAGUACAGGGAGUCGUACAGCAGUAGCAGUUACAGCUUUGUACCUAAAGGGAAAAACCAAGGCAACAAAUGGGAUGGUGAAAAAUGAUUAAAAAAAAAAAAAAACUACUCCAAAGGGUCAAAUUAUUAUUUUAUAAAUGGCAUUGUAUGAAUGGGGAAGAGCUAAAAAAGAAAACAAGGAGAGCUUAUUUAGUGAAACCUCUUCUUUGCCUUACUACACUAAUUUUGAAUACAGGUAUUAUAAGUGUAGAAGUGUUGGAUCAAUGACUGUUACAUAAAUAAUGAAUCUUAUUCAGCUGUUCUUCUAUGGAAAAUAAGUAAUAUUGCAAGUUGUUUUAUACACUUUAACUGUGAUGCUUGUCUAAAUUGUGAAAGAGACACUCUGAUUUUGUACAGAUAAAUAUAUUUGAUUAUUAUAAUACUGGAAUUGUUAAUAAUCAUGAAGAAUGAACAGAUGGUUAAGUUUUGAGCUGUAAAUUACAAUUUGAAAAUAAGUUAAUCAAGCGAGUUAGUGGGUAUAUUCAGUUGUGGCAAAAAGUGAGUCUUAGAUGCAUAAUAUCCAUUUAUAUUUCAAACUUUGAAAUGGAAAAUGCCAACUGCACAGCUUUUUUUCUUAUGAAAUAUGAAUAACUUAGCUGUAGUUAUCAUGUAGACAUUGCAUAAUGCAUGUUUUGCAUUAUUUGGUGGGAUUUAUUUCUGAAGAAUGUAUCAUUCUGUUGGGGCUCACAGAUUGCAAUGUUAUAUGAGUUUACUGUGUGUCGUAGAAGUAUACAGUACUUCAGUACUGCAGUAUGGUCGAGACUUAAUGGUUUAUAAAAGUCUGAUAUUUUACAUGUCAGUGUUUUGUCUAAUAGGCGAGUGAAUGGAUGAAGGUAUGGAUGGGUGGUUGGAUGAAUGGAAAAAGCAAAUAUGUUCAACUCUAUGCAGUUUUCUCUCCAUUAAUUAGGUAAAAACAGGAAAAAUGUUUUGAAAAGAUUUGUGCACUCUUUACAAACAUUCUUCAGAAAUUUAUCCAAUUUUGCUACUUCGAUGUCAACACUGUUAAUAUGGGUAGCUAAUCAAAGUAGCAUGUCUGACAUUAUGUUAAUAAUGCAUUUUAUUUUAUUUGUGUAUUAUCCAAGAACUUGAGUCACCUUUUGCACGUACAUUUGUUGUAUUAUGAUAUUUGUAUGUUGAGAGAUUAGGUUGUGAUGCCCAAAACAACCCCCCCCCCCCAAAAAAAAAAAAAAAAAAAAGCAAAAACAAAAAGUGCAUUCAGGCAAUAAAAGAAAGUACUCAUACUAUAUAUAUACAGGUAGAUACAGAGUUUAGACAUUACAGUUUUACUGUGAAAGCAAUAAAAAAGCGAGGUCAAACCAUGCUCAUCUUUUCAGCUGCCUACUACCAUGUUGUCUUCUAAACUGGUAAAACAGUUUAGACAACAGCUAUAAGUUAAGAAGGAAGUUAUACAAAAAGGGAAAUUGAAUUUAAGAACUAGGAGAUUGAACUUGAAGCAAUCUCUUUUAUUUUCAAACCUUUGCGAGGGUAGCCUAGUUUCAUGAAGUGUUUUAUGAAAUCCACAGUAACUAUCUCUCAGUCCAAAUUGAUGUUUUUUAAAAUAUUCGCAUUUGCUCAAUUUCAUGCAAAUUGUUAUAAUGAAUAUUGUUAAUUGCCAAAGACCAUUUUAUUUCUAUUAUCAUUUAUUGUAUUCAUUAAUCUGUAACUGUUGCAUAGCCUAUUUUCUUUGAGUAAAAAAAAAUGCCAAUAAAGUGAAGCAAUAAAAGAUAAUGCUCCACUUUUAAUGCCCAUUAAGACAACUUUAUGAUUAUUUAUAAGUAUUCUUUGUGCUACUUUCAGACAAAUGGCCAUUUAUUGAAAUUUAAAGAGUUUAGGGUCUGGCAUAAUGGAUAUUUGUUUGUAUGUCUCACUCUCUUAUGUAUUCCCUGCAGUUUUCAUGUAAUCUUUAUUUAAUUACAUAUAUUAUUUAUCACAGUGCACAUGCAACUUCAUAUUAUACACCAAAACAUUUGUACAUUAAUUAAACUCUAGUCAUAAUCAUGAAAUUUAUUUUAAGACUUUUUCACUUGUCUAAUUUCUAGUUUACUUUGAAAAAAAA